AUGGGUGAUGCAUCAGCUCCUUCGCAAAGUGGGUUGAAUACUCUAUCAACCAAAACAAAAGGAAGAGGUUGCACCAGGAUGAAAAAGUUGCAACUUUUGACUGCACGGGAUGAGAGAAUACCAAUUGAUUUCAAUUCAGAUGGACAUCCUAUAGGGGAACUUGCAAAAGAUUUCAAGUAUCAUGUUGCUUGUCUCGCUCGAGAGAAAAUCAGUAUUCUGAUUGAUGAAUGGGAUAAGGUUGGUAGUGAAGACAGGAAAGAAAUUUGGAAAAGACUUGAGCAAAUAUGA